GCCACAGCCCGGAUGUUACGCUUGGAGCCGGCUGCCGGUUCCUAUUGCACUACGCGGUUUCCGGUCGGUUGGGGGGCGGACGGGCCGUCUCUGGCGCGUGCGGCCGUAGGGGGCGGCCAUGGCGUAUCCGACCGUCCGGAAGGUGGCGAUGGUCUCCUGCCUGGUGCUGUGCGUCUCCCUGCUCCUGCCUAGGACCUUCCUGUCCCGGGGCGGGAGGCAGGAGCCCGGCAGCGCGCCGCCUGCCCCGCCCCAGGGGAAGACAAGUCGUUUUCCACCAAUGAUGCAUCACCAGAUGUCCCCUGAUGGCAGGUCUUCUGGUGCCCAUUUUCCAAGGUCUCACCUGGCAGAGGCAGUUGCCAAGGCCAAGGGUGGUGGAGGUGGUGGAGGAGGAGGUGGCAGUGGGAGAGGUCUCGUGGGGCAGAUCAUACCCAUUUAUGGAUUUGGAAUACUUUUAUACAUACUGUACAUUCUGUAUAAGCUCUCGUCCAAGGGAAAAACCACUACAGUGGAGAGGAAAUCUCCUUCUCCUAUACCUGGAAACAUGAAUAGGAAAAUCACUGACUAUGAGCUCACGCAACUACAAGAAAAGCUGAGAGAGACUGAGGAGGCUAUGGAAAAAUUAAUCAAUAGAGUAGGACCUAAUUGUGACAGGUAUGUUUUAUAUUACAGGAAUUUAAAGAAGAACUCCUUUCGGUAUAGGGUAGAUAAAUUAAACUUUCUCUUGGAAGAAAAUCUUCUUUUUAUCAAAAUGUAAAUCUCUUGUAUAUGUUAAAAUAGUAAUUAUGUUUCUACUUCAUAAUGUUGACAAUAUUUUGCUCUAUUUUUUUCACAUUUUUCUUUUCACAUUCUAUAUUCAAUUAUUUUUUGCAAUGUCAGUUUCCUUAAGGGGAACACCCGGGCCCCAUUGUACUAUGUAAUUUGGAAGAUAAAGACAGAUACGUCUAAACUGAACAUGAAAAUGUCUUAGGCCCAAAAGCAAAGCAAAGCAAAAAAAGCCAGUGAGUUUGCCCAAGACGACUACUUCAUUUUCUGUUAGCUUCUAGUGUUCUGGAUCUUUUUGUAAAACAGUAAUAUGGUUAUCCUUUACAUAGAUGCCUUUUUGAAUCUCUGUAAAAUGUUUCCUUAGAGGCAAGGCUGCAUAUUAAUCUGCUCCAGUAAACAAUUUCCACCAGUUUAACUUGCAAACCCUCUUGGUUAGUAAAUAUGAAAAAAGAAAAUUUGCUAAAUUUGUAUUUUUAAAUUUGUUUUUUCUUUGAUAAUUUGCUCACUAAUAUUUGGUGUAAAACUUAUUAGCAUAUACACUGUUUAAAAUUAUUUUGAAAUAAUGAUUGCAUAUUCUUCCAUAAAAAGCUGAAUUAUUAAAAAAUACUCCAAGAAAUAUGCUUUGUAUUUGGCUGUAAUAUGAAAGUUGAAUACAGCGAGAUUUUGUUACACAUUUUACAAAAUUACAAAAUAAAUGGUAUGGGCCAUUUUUAAUCUGCUCCCAUUUCCUUUUGAUUUUAAAUGUAUACUCUUUACAUCCAGAAUGAAAAACCUUAGCCCUGCUCUAAUUUUGUUUUUAAUUGUUUAUAUGUUAUUUUUAAGGGCUUGAUCCAAUGCCCAGUGAAUUCAAUUGGGGACCAGAUUGAGAUUUUGAAAACCACCUAAACUGGGGUUUGAAACUGGAAUUUUUGUUUGGGCCUUUGUAAAAAUAGGGUUGAUUUGUAAAAUUUGUUUCUGGAUUCCAAUUUUGAUGUCCCCUAGGUCCCAUCUGCACAAAUCUCUGGGUUGAUCAGUAAAGUGCAAUACUUCUUGCAGGUCUGGCUUGAUGUGAGUAAUUAAACAUGGGAGAGGCCUGAUUUUUUGGAAGACAGGAUUCGGGAGGUAACUAGGUCAGCAGGCUGAAAGUGGAAGGUUUGUGCUAAGAUAAGUGAAUGGGUCAGUAAACUAGAAGACAGAAUGUUUGAGCUAGCUAAGAGAAGAGGGGAGGAGAGGAUUUUUUUUAUAAGUAUUAACGGAGAGGGAGGUAAAGAAAGAUCUGGGAUGGAAGAGGCACAAGUACAGGGCAAUAUAACAAUGUCUAAACCAAGAAACAGAUGACAUUAGUUACAUACUAUAGACUUCUCGAUAGACACAUCUGAUUAAGGGCAUCGUGAAUCAUAAAGCUUUGAAACAAUCUCAAAAUUCUCAGUCUUCUCUUUUGAACAAAUGUAAUCCUUUCCCAGUUUGUGAAUUUAGUCAUGCUGUUAUUAUUUAUUAUAGCAUCCAGUUAGGAUCGGGGUUUUCUUAACUUUUAGUUUAUUUGCUGGUUUCCAUUUCUUAGCAUAGACCUCCUGGCCACUGCAAAAUCUCCCUGCAGGAACUACUCAUCUAGAUUGCUCAGACCUUUGCUGAGAUUCUGAUGACGGAAAACAAAGAUUUCUGGGUGUGUAGGGCUAUUAUCUCUGUUGUUCUUCCAGGCUCUUACUAGAAUGUUUUAAUAUGGGGACAUGGCUGCAAUAUAUGCAAAUCUUUCCAUACACAUUCCCACAAAUAUCUAAACCAUAUGCCAUAUUCCUGUUUUCAUCAUUCUGUUCAAUGUACAGUAUAUCUUGAAAUAUUUUUUUGCUAAAUUUCUAUUCAAGAGAUGUUUUAUUCAUAAAGUUUCUAUUCAAGAGAUGUUAUUUGAUAUCUAAAUGACCAGCACAUGUUAAUCCACAAAAAUACUACACAAGUGUCCUUGAAUCUAUCUUCAAUUCUCAGAAAGGACAGUUUAAAACACUCAUUAACUCACCCUGUUGUGCCUUACCAAGAGGUUUAGCAGCACAUGCAGUAUAUUGCACAAGAACUUAAAGUGCAGUUUAACUCUGAAAAGUGAUUUUCAGGUCAAAUUUGCUCAGGUUACAAUUAAAAAAGGUUUUUCUAAGUGCUCAUCCCACAAACUCAGCCUGGGAUCUGAAUGUCAAGCUAGGGUCUUUCAGGCUACCGCAUCAUAACCAGCAGGAAAGGUUCUAUAGGUCAAAUGCUGCCCCCAGUCACACCUGUGCAACCCCAGUGGCCUCAUGUUAUAUCCCCCAAACCUAUUGGUUUCAGUGGGAUUGUACAAGUGUAACUGGGGAAAAUUUGCAUACAUUGAACUGGUGGCCCUACAAUUGGAACUAAGGCCUGGUCUACACUACGGGUUUAGGUCGACUUUAGCAGCGUUAAAUCGAAUUAAGCCUGGACACGUCCACACGACGAAGCCCUUUCUUUCGACUUAAAGGGUCCUUUAAACCGGUUUCU